CCUGUGAUUCACGAGUAAUAAAAAUUAAUUCGUCCCAUAAGCGGGUUGGCCGCGGGAAAUUGUUUAAGCGGUUAGACCCCAUAGCCUUCUAGGCACUAGGUUGAUCUCUGUUCACAAGGACACCUAUUCGCAAUAUGAAAUAGGCAAGGUCAAGGUAAAGAUUUAACAUGCCAUCAGAGAAAGGGACUCUAAACACGCCCAGGAUAGGUACAAGUUCAUACCUUUGUGAACGCGGCGUCCGAGACGGGAGAAGGAAGAAAGGAUGCAGCUUGUGGAAUAAAUCUUUGCAACUCGCUGACACUAUGAAAGUACGAGCAGUUAUCAACGUCUAUGACGUAUGUCCACCAAUCUAUGACGUAAACCUAGUGAGCAACAAGCUUUUCGCAGAUUAUCGCUUCGACCAAAAUACAGAAUUAAAAUGCCCACAUUUGAAGUGCUCAAAAUAUUUAGUCAUUGGAGAGCCGAAGUCGAGAAAAUCAAAACAAUCGAGUGAUGAUAAUUUAUGGCGGCCUGCUGACAGUACUUCCGAUGGGAUGGAUUCCGACGUGAAAGAGCCAUCUUUUGAUAAGCUUAACCUAUACGGAGAGAUGAAAAGAUUUCGUAACUGUUACUGUAGCAAGAGUAAUGACAGUUGUGUUUUCCCACCAAUAGAGUCAAGCAGAAGAGAUAAUGAUUACAUUUUCAAAUCCACAGUUCCCAGCAGACGGUGUAAUCUUUGUUCCCCCCAAAUGUAUGAUGAUAGUCCGCGAAUAGUGCAAAGCAGACACUGUGAUGGUUGCAUCUUUCCAUCAAUAGUACCAAGCAGACGACAUAAUACUUGCAUUAUCCCGCCAAGACGGUCAACCCGGUCAAGCAAACGGAAUGAUGGCAGAAAGUCCAAGCCAACAGUGUCAAGCAGACGGCAUAAUGCUUGCAUUUGCCAACCAAAAGUGCCCAGCAGAGAACAUUAUGAUAGCAUUUUCCCGCCAAUAGUACCAAGCAGGCGGAAUGAUUAUAGCAUUUUCCCGCCAAUAGUACCAAGCAGGCGGGAUGAUGAUAGCAACUCCCCGCCGAUACCAUUCAGUAGAGUGCAGUCAUUUGAUGCUGGAGUUGUCAAAGAGAGAAAACUUGUAACAAAAACCUAUAUGGAAGAAGGUCCCAUAACGUUUUUCAGAAGUCGCGAGGUUAUUUUUCCUUCCGUCUAUCAGACCUACCUCUCAAAUGCAGAAAACAAAAAAUGUUAUACGAAUACGAAGUACGCCCAGGAAUUCACGGUGAGAAACAGGAAACAACCAUCUUGCAGGAAGUGUCGGCACCAACAGACUUCAUCCGUCCAUUUCUGUGACGUCUUGGGAAAACGUUCUUGUCACUUUUGUACGCAGCUGGCUAAUCGCAAAUUUUCACAAAUUUAUGAACAAAAUAACUUUGACUUAAAAUAGUAAUUCUGUUCCCAAAUCAUAUGGAACUGUUUAAUUCCAUUAUUUCCGUCCGUUCAAGUUUAUAUUUCAAAGUUAUGACAGCAAAUAUUUAUUUAUUCAUUUAUUUUUCUGAUGAAAUUAGCAGGUUGUUGACAAACUGGGUUUUAGUAGGAAACUUAUAUCUGUUGUAAUUUUGAUUUUGUAUCGCUUUUUUCUUCUUAUUUCUUUUUAUUUAUUUAUUUAUUUUGAUUUUUAGUUGAUUUGAGAGUUCGCGUUUUGGUUUUGCAUAGAUCCGUGUUUGAAAGCUAAUUAUUUCGAAUAGGAAGUAUAUACUUAAGCUUAGUGAUAGCCAAGGGGUUAUUUUUUUAAAUGGCAAUUGGUUUGUCAUUAGCAGUGCAGUUUAGCUGUAAUGAGGCUUGGUAUUCAUACAUCGGGUUUUCUUUGUGACAAAAGUGGGGCGUGAGCAAAGUUUCCAUAAGUAUAAUAAGUGUGAUAUCCGCCAACUCCCACUUGGGUGUGAUUUGUAUGGGUGUGAACAUUGUCAAAAAUGCACCGGAAAUCGUGCAGUUUGAACACAAUAUAAUGAAAGUAACGCAAACAUUUAACUAAAAGUAUUUAAAAUAAGUCCUCUUUAUACUUUAUAAUUAUGACCCUUUUUGUAAUUACCUUGAGACUAAAAGUAUUUAAAAUAAGUCCUCUUUAUACUUUAUAAUUAACCCUUUUUGUAAUUACCUUGAGACUAAAAGUAUUUAAAAUAAGUCCUCUUUAUACUUUAUAAUUAUGACCCUUUUUGUAAUUACCUUGAGACUAAAAGUAUUUAAAAUAAGUCCUCUUUAUACUUUAUAAUUAUGACCCUUUUUGUAAU